CCGGGGCCCCUUCCCCGCUCGGCCGGCGGCGCUGUUAGAAGUGCGAGCGGAGCGCCCAGCAGGGCUCGGCGGGAGCGAGUGGGAGAAACGGCAGAAGAGGAAACGGGGAAGAAAGGAAGGCGGCCAGGGACGCGAGCGCGAGCCAGGCGGGGAGGCGGAGCAGAGCGACCCCGAUGGCCGCGGAGGAAGUCACUGGGGGCGCGCGGAAGGCGACGAAAAGCAAACUUUUCGAGUUUCUGGUCCAUGGGGUGCGUCCUGGGAUGCCAUCGGGCGCUCGCAUGCCCCACCAGGGGGCCCCGAUGGGUCCCCCAGGCCCGCCCUAUGUUGGAAGCCCCUCUGUGCGCCCUGGGAUGCCGCAGGCGGUGAUGGAGCCCACACGCAAGCGGGCGGCCCCCCAGCAGCCGCCGCCGCCGCCGCCGCCGCAGCAGCAGCAGCAGCAGCAGCAACAGCAGCAGCAGCAACAGCAGCAGCAGCAGCAGCAGCAGGGAGCUGCAACGCAGAACCGGUCCCGGAGUGCCAAGAGGAGAAAAAUGGCGGAUAAAAUUCUCCCUCAAAGGAUCCGAGAGCUGGUACCUGAGUCUCAGGCCUACAUGGACCUCCUGGCCUUCGAGCGUAAGCUGGACCAGACCAUCAUGCGAAAGCGAGUGGACAUCCAGGAGGCCUUGAAGAGGCCCAUGAAGCAAAAGCGGAAGCUGCGCCUCUAUAUAUCCAACACCUUCAACCCUGCCAAGUCAGAUGCCGACGACUCGGACGGCAGCAUUGCCUCGUGGGAGCUGCGUGUAGAGGGCAAGCUGCUUGAUGAUCUUAGCAAACAGAAGCGGAAGUUUUCCUCCUUCUUUAAGAGUUUGGUCAUUGAACUGGACAAGGACCUCUACGGGCCAGACAACCACCUGGUUGAGUGGCACCGGACACCCACCACCCAGGAGACGGAUGGCUUCCAGGUGAAGAGGCCGGGAGACGUCAGUGUGCGCUGCACUCUGCUGCUCAUGCUGGAUUACCAGCCUCCUCAGUUCAAACUCGAUCCUCGCCUGGCCCGCCUGCUGGGGAUCCACACGCAGACGCGCUCUGCCAUCAUCCAGGCCCUCUGGCAGUACAUCAAGACCAACAAACUGCAGGAUUCCCAUGACAAGGAAUACAUAAACUGUGACAAAUACUUCCAGCAGAUCUUUGAUUGCUCACGGCUGAAGUUUUCCGAGAUCCCACAGAGGCUCACCAACCUGCUGCUGCCGCCAGAUCCCAUUGUUAUCAAUCACAUCAUCAGUGUGGACCCCAAUGACCAGAAGAAGACUGCCUGCUAUGACAUAGAUGUUGAGGUAGAGGAUCCUUUGAAAGGGCAAAUGAGCAGCUUUCUACUCUCGACAGCAAACCAGCAGGAGAUCACAGCACUGGAUAACAAGAUUCAUGAGACAAUUGAGUCCAUCAACCAGUUGAAGAUUCAGCGAGAUUUCAUGUUGAGCUUUUCCAAAGACCCAAAAGGGUAUAUCCAGGACCUUCUCCGUUCCCAGAGCAGGGAUCUUAAGGUAAUGACAGAUGUGGUGGGGAACCCUGAAGAGGAGCGGAGGGCAGAGUUCUACCACGAGCCGUGGUCCCAGGAGGCUGUGAGCAGAUACUUCUACUGCAAGGCAAGGCAGUGGGGCUGGCUGGUGAGUCCCAUUCUCCUCCCCACAAACUCCUGCAGCCUAACCCACUGCUUUCUUUCACACUUUCAGAUCCAGCAGCGCCGGCAAGAGUUGGAACAGUCUCUGGGGGUGCGCAAUACAUAAACGUUUGCUAGCACCAGGUUCCCCCAUCCCCCACCGUUCCAUCAAGCAUGGACUAUUCUGUGUUCCAUAAUCUGACCCUUUCCACUGAAAAUGGACCUGCUUCAUGACUAGCCUGGGAGAUUCCACCACAGCACCAGCAUCACCAGCUUUAGCGUGUGCUUUGCUCCAUCCUCCUCCUCCUCCUCCAACACCAUCACCAUCGCCACCACUACUACAAGCUGCUCAGACCAGCCCAGGAGGAGGUGAAAUUUCUGUCUCCAUCAUUUAUCCCUUUCACUAGCUGGUGGAGGCCGAGGCCUGUGUGUGGGCUGCAGAGGGACUGGAGAGGCAAGAGGCCAAGGUCCAUAGCAGGAGGUUUCCAAAUCUUUCUCAGUGUCUUGAUUGAUGCUGCUCCGUCCUGCAGAUAUCCUGCACCUUUGCAGUUUGGUGACCAGACUACUGUGUAAGAUAUUCCUGGUACCUAUUUGCUGCAAAUGGUCACAGCAAUAAUACGUCCAGCUGUAGAAGGAGAUCUGGUACAUAUUCUAUUGUAGGCUGCAUGAAGCUGGUGAACCUUGAAAAAGGUGGUGCGAUGCUAGGAGGAUGUUGAGAUUGCGAUUGCACAGGAAGAUUGAUGAAGAGCAGCUUCUUCCUUCAGAAUUGUUGACAGGUUGCUGGCUGGGAGAGCCCUUCUGCUGUGUGGUAAAGCUGAGCCUGGGGAAGGGGUCUCCUGCAGCAGCUUUGGAUCUGGUGGCUGCUGAGGGCAUUUCCCUCGUGUGCGGGAGAUCCAGGGGUAAGUGAGGCAGAAACGCCAACCAGCCAGAUGUACAUCUUCAUGGCAGGAGCAUCGUGCCGAUCCUCCCAACUGGCAGAUCUAGGAAGAGUGACUUGCUGGAGCCCAACUGUAGAGCAUUGCUUGCAAGCAGCAGGUGGGUUCUGGCAAGGCCAACCCAUCACAACACCCAAGGCAUGAAGGGAUGGAAAGCUGCCGUGGCAGGAGGUGUGGACUCUCCUGAACUGGUGGGUCGUAGCCUCCAUUCCUUCCCUUCCCAACCUAACUGGUAAAGAAUUGCUGCCACCGGGGAAGAGGCAUUUGCUGUGCUCCAGAACGCUUGGCUUCAAAAAAGGUUGACACGGAGUUUGGAUUUGUGUUGGGCUGGACUGACCUGACUGCUCUCUACAAGGCUGCCCUCUCCCAGGAAUGUAGAGGGGAGGGCAUCACACAUCUACCUGCCCGCCCCAUGGGAGAGGGGCACCUCGAUGCAAGCCCAUCCUCCUCCUGCCUGCCAGAGUCAAUGGGCAGAUGCUUGGUUCAGAUCCUUGGUGAGAAGGUGGUGUGGAUAAAAAGCAACUGCUCUGUCCUUGGAGGAGCUGCGCUGCACAGGUCUUGGGGGCACCAGGUUGGGUGUCCUCAAGGGAGCGUUGGGGAAAAGGAGUUUUACGCUGCCAACUGGAGCCCCAGAGAGCAAGGACAGAAAAGAGAUCUUAGAGAUCCCAUGGAAGCAGAAAAGAAGAGGGGUGGCCAGGUGCUGUUUCACCUGAGGCGGGCGAGUCCCAACAGGGUGUGGCUUGGCCUUCUGUGGUUCAUCAUGGCAGAAGGUGGCCAGAAUUAGACCCGUCCUCCUGGCUGGCUGGUAAAUGGUUCUGAAGCCCAUGGAAGAAGACACAGGGCAGCGCACGCAUGCACACUGACUUGUCUGCCGUUGGGAUCACCGUGAAUUUUCAAACCAAUGGGGGGGCGGCAUUUGGAAAGCAAGGAAAAGCUGGUCCUCCUCCUCCUCCUCCUCCUCCUCCUCCAACGCAUCCUGCAGAGGCUCAUGGCAUCCCUUGGCGGGUGGUAAGAAAAAUGCAAAGGUAUUUUCAGGUUGCGUGCAACUGAGUCCCCCCUCAGGCUGGGAUUGAAAGGAUCAAGCAGAUUCUGUGACUGGGGGAAAGUCAUUGUCACGACUGCGCUGUUGUUUUACAGUGUUUGUUUUUAAGCACAUGAUUUCAUUGGCAGCAAGAUUGCCCUUUGGUCCUCCUGGGGACGCACGGUCACUGGGGUAUCCCCUGUUACUUCCCACCGCCGUGGCUGCCGUUUCUUUGUUGUUUGGUGCAGAGUGAUUUGUAGAAGAGCAUUUCAAUAAAAAAGGUCUUCAUUGCUUUGUA